CCGUCGCCGGCGGCCGGACUGCGCGCGCCGCCUCCCGCCCUGCCCUGCGCUGCGCCGCCUACCUGGCCGGGGCUUCAUGGGGCCGCGCGGCGGGCCGGCGCCUUCUUCGCCUUUCCCUCGAGCCGCCGCCGCCGCCGCCGCCAUCUGAGAGGGCGCCGCAGCCGACGGGGGGCGAGGCGGGCUGCGGGGCGCCUUCCCACAUCGCCCGGCUGCCUGUGGGCGAGGGAUGAGCGGGGCCCGUCGGCCGAAAUGAGUUGCACAAUUGAGAAGGCUCUCGCUGAUGCCAAAGCGCUUGUGGAGCGACUGAGAGAACAUGACAACGCAGCAGAAGCGCUGAUUGAACAGACUACAGCUCUCAACAAACGAGUGGAAGCAAUGAAGCAGUACCAGGAAGAAAUUCAAGAACUGAAUGAAGUAGCAAGACAUAGGCCCCGUUCUUCAUUAGUUUUGGGAAUCCAGCAGGAAAACCGGCAGAUAAGGGAACUACAGCAAGAAAAUAAAGAACUACGCACAUCUCUCGAAGAACAUCAGUCUGCGUUAGAGCUGAUAAUGAGCAAAUACAGAGAGCAGAUGUUUAGGCUGCUCAUGGCCAGCAAAAAAGAUGAUCCAGGUAUUAUAAUGAAGUUAAAGGAGCAGCACUCCAAGGAACUACAAGUUCAUGUGGAUCAAAUCACAGAAAUGGCAGCGGUAAUGCGAAAAGCCAUUGAAAUUGAUGAGCAACAGGGCUGCAAAGAACAGGAACGAAUUUUUCAACUAGAACAAGAAAACAAAGGACUGAGGGAAAUCCUGCAGAUAACAAGAGAGUCGUUCCUGAACCUUAAGAAAGAGGAUGCCUCGGAAAGUACCUCCCUGUCGGCAUUAGUGACAAACAGUGACUUGAGCCUCAGAAAGAGCUGAAGAUCCGGUGGCAACUCUCUGAGUGCUGCUGCUGCAACCGCCGGAAGAGUCGGGCUUGACUUGCCAAGCAUUUGGGUUCCCGUGAGGGGUUUACAAGUUAAUGCACCCUAAAUCGAAUAAUAAUUUGAUACUUUUAUACCAUGUAUAGUACAUUAAAAUGACUUAUUUAAAAUUA